AUGCCGCACCGCGGCAUCAAGCCUGAGAACGUGCUCGUCGACCCCGGCGGCGCCCUUAAGAUCUGCGAUUUCGGGAUGGCCAUGCCGCUCAGAGGCAGCCGGUGGUACGGCGCGGCAGUCGACGUGUGGGCGCUCGGGUGCGUCAUGUUCAAGCUCCUCGCCGGCGAGCCCCUCUUCAUGGACGUCGAGGUAGACGCGGACCUCCUCAUGGAGGUGAUACAACUGGGCCACGAGAUCGACUCCCGCGGGGUAGCGGCGUUCAAGGGCCUGCCGUCGGACCUGUCACAGGCUCGGGCGAGGUCUUGUGUGGCAUCGAUAGGAAAUGUGAAAGAGUGA